AUGGAGGCGUCAGAGGACUCUGAGCUCUGCUUCCCUCAGCUCCUCAACGCCUCCUGCGUGAGGCCGAAGCGUCGCCACUAUGAGGCUCUGCUCAGCGACAUCCUGCUGUCCUGUGUGUCUCUGCUCACUGCGUCUCUCAACCUGCUCGUCAUCAUCGCCAUCUCACACUUCAAGCAGCUCCACACUCCCACCAACCUCCUCCUCCUCUCUCUGGCCGUCUCUGACUUCUUCAUGGGCGUCCUCAUGUUCUUUCACUUUGACGGCUGCUGGUUCCUCGGGAACCUCAUGUGCUCCCUGUACCAGUACGUAGCGUUCAUCAUUGGCUCUGUCUCCGUGGGAACCAUGGUUCUCAUCUCUGUCGACCGCUACGUGGCUGUUUGCUAUCCGUUCCAUUACUCCACCAAACUGACAAAGAAACGAGUGAAGGUGUGUGUGUGUCUGUGUUGGUCAUGUUCUGUGAUCUACACGGGUCUGUAUCUGAAGGACAACCUGCAUCAACCAGGCAGGUUCAACUCCUGCUUUGGUGAAUGUGUCAUCUUGGUCAACUACGUUGCUGGACUUGUGGAUGUGGUUGUUUCCUUCGUCGCUCCCAUCACCGUCAUCAUCGUUCUGUACAUCAGAGUGUUUGUUGUUGCUGUGACUCAGGCUCGAGCUCUGAGGUCUCACAUGGCAGCUGUUUCUGUCCAGCAUUCAGUGAGAGUCACAGCUCUGAGGUCUGAGCUGAAGGCAGCCAGGACGCUGGGUGUGGUCAUAGCUGUGUUCCUGAUGUGUCUCUGUCCUUAUUACUGCGUCAGUCUCAUCGGUCAGGACACGCUGCUCAGCGCUUCCUCUGCUGCGUUUGUGAUAUAUUUGUAUUAUUUUAACUCCUGUCUGAACCCGCUGAUCUACGCUUUUCUUUACCCCUGGUUUAAGAAAUCUGUUAAGCUCAUUGUUACGCUAAAGAUACUGCAGCCUGACUCCUGUGAGGCCAACAUGAUCUAA